AUACCGGUAUAUCUGACGAGAUGGCGAAGAUUCUGGAGCACUCGGAAAAUUUAUGUUCAUCUUUGAAGAGAAAACGAGGAAAAAUGCAACGUCCACUGAGUUCUGCUUCAGAAAGCAAGGAAACUGAACUCCUUUCUCUUCAUGAAAUGUUUUGUGUGGUGUCCAGCCAGUUAACAGAAGAUGAUUUUGAAGUCCUUAAACACUUGUACAUCGGGAGCACGAUCAGUGAUGAUCGCGGAAGGAUCAAGACCCCUUCCGAUCUGUUCUUCGCUAUGGAGAAAUCAGGACUGUGCGACUCUUCAAACUUUCAAGAGAUUUUGAAUGUCCUCAGACUGAUUACAAGGCAUGAUUUGAUCCCAUUCGUGACAAGGAGGAAGAGAAAAAGAGGUGUUGCCGAUCCUGUAGACGACUAUCUUGAUCUGUGUACAUCAUCGUCCGGCCCCCCUCCUCAUCCAUCAGAAUCGACCUCGGGACGCCAUCCAUCAUCUUCCUCCUCAUCUUCCGCCUCGUUGUCCUCAUCACUACCACCACCAUCCAUGUCUGAGCCGAUGGAGUCAUCAUCAUCAUCAUCAUCAUCAUCAUGCAACUGCAGUCCGUCAAAACAUACUGUAAACCCUUCUACCCACCCCGAAUGUUCGGACUCGCGUCCCCAAGCUUGCAGUGUUCACUCGAGGGCCAUUGCCACGACAACCAGAUGUCAGAAGACGGUUGGGAUUUCACCCGAAGCCAGAGGUUUACCACGGGAGAGACCAAAGCAUACAUGUGACAUUAGACUACGGGUACGUGCUGAAUACUGCUGCCAUGACAACGCUCUCGUAGGCCACCUCCACUCCAUUGUACGGCAUCCAUUGAGGCGUCAUCUGGACCUGUUCUCACAAGCCAGUGCGAUAUUGAAAGGUCGCGACCUUGGAUCCAUCGUAUGUGACAUCAAGUUUUCAGAGUUGACGUAUCUGGACGCUUUCUGGCGAGACUACAUCAACGGAUCGCUUCAGGCUGCUCUUAAAGAUGUCUUCAUAACGGACUCCUUGAGGACGGCUGUAGGAGAUGAAGCCAUCAAACUCUUGGUCAAUGUAGAUGAAGACGACUAUAGAGCUGGAAGAAGUAAACUUCUCUUGAACUUAAUAAAUUAAUGCCCAACAGAUGGGGCCCUGAUAUGAUGAUGAUUAUUUGAACUUCUUAUCUGAUUCAAAUUUUUAGGUAAGGGGUAUGUACAUUACAGUAGAAUGUAUAGUCGACCUGUAAAGUUAGAUAAUCGACAUAGUCAAAGAAUUUUUGUUCAGAUCAGAAUAUGCAAAGCAUCUUCUUAACCCGUUUAACACCGAAUGCUGUUUUCCCAUAGGCUUUGUAUACAGUCCACUAGCAAUAAGAAUAGGUUAAGUCAAACAGAUUUCUGUGAUGUGAAGAUAUUUGACUUGAAGAAUUUUUUCAAAUUCAUAAUGCUGUUUGUAAAGUUAAAAAUGACUUAAUAUUAAUUUUAAAGGAAACCAAACCCCAAUUUUAGAGAAUCAUUCUAAUCUAAGAAGAAAGAGUAAAAUGAGAGGACCAAUUUAAAACAAGUUUCAUUAAAAUCUGUUAUAAAAUAAGAGAGUCAUGGAAGUUUGAAAAGUCUUGCACUUUUUAUGGGAAUCCACAAAUUUGAUGAAACUUGUUUAAAAUCACUCCACACAUCUUACCCUUUCCAAUAAGAUUAAAUUCUUGCCCUGGUUUUGUUUUACUUGAAGGAUUUGUUGAUGAUGUUGCUGCAUGCACUGCAGAUUAGUAUUGUAUCAAGUUGUAUUCAUACAUAUGAAAGAAAGAUUAUAUAUUCUGUUCAUUUUUAUUUCACAAUUGAAAAGUAAAGUCCUAAUAAUCGUGA